AUGGCGCACGGCCCGCAUGACGUCAGCCACAUGUACGCGCACCUCCACCCCGCCCCUUCCUACUCCUGCGGCGCCGACGUGUACCAGGACCCGUCGGCCGGGGGCUACCUGUCCACGCCCGCCUGCGGCGUGUCAUACCACGCCCCGCCCUCCUAUAGCGCGGCGCCCAAAGCGGGCGUGGACGCGGCGCUGCACGCCGUCCCGCCCGAGUACGGCGGCGGCGGCGGCGGCGGCUUGUACCCGCAGUGCCAGAGGGACAUCCAGGCGGCCUUCGCGGAGCGGAAGUCGGUGGCGUACGCGCUGGACUCUCUCUCCCUGCGCGGGGCGCCGCCGCUCACGCCCCUCAACACCAUCAGGAAUUUCACGCUGCAGGGCGCGCCUUCUGCCGCCGCCGACGGCCCGCUCGCCGCCGCCGCCUUCCCCGCCCACCCCGGCCUCCCGCUGCGGCCCAUCCUGCGGCCGCGCAAGUACCCGAGCCGGCCCGGCAAGACGCCCGUGCACCAGCGGCCCUACGCGUGCCCGGCGGAGAGCUGCGAGCGCCGGUUCUCCAGGUCGGACGAGCUGAGCCGACACCUGCGCAUCCACACCGGCCUCAAGCCCUUCCAGUGCCGCGUCUGCCUGCGCGCCUUCAGCCGCAGCGACCACCUGACCACGCACCUGCGCACGCACACCGGCGAGAAGCCCUUCUCCUGCGACACCUGCGGCAGGAGGUUCGCCCGCAGCGACGAGCGGAGACGACACCUGAAGAUACACCUGAGGCUCAAGGACAGGAAAGACCCCGCCCCUUGA